AUGAUUGUGCGGGACAGCCCCAAGUCUGGAGUGUCGAGCAAUCAGCCGAACUGGCCGCCCAAGUCGCCGCACGAAGCCCUCCUGUGCUCGCCCUCUGGACGCCGCAAGUACGAACGACAACACGAGCGCACCUCGGUGUCACCAUCUCCCUCGAAGCGCCGCCCCAUGUCGCGAGGGCAGCCGCAGGACGACGGCGACGACACGGAAGAGGAAGACGAGGAGACGCUGCAGUUGAAGCUGCAGGCCAUCGAGGCGCGACUGAAGCUCAAGAAACUGCAGAAUGCACGCAAAACAGCAGAGACUGGGGACAAUGCCUCUUCAGCGCGACCGAGCACCGCAGGCGGCAUGCACCGCAGACAGCUAUCACGACCAACUGCUGACCUCCAAGUCCCUGCUUCACCUGUGCGUAUUCGAAGGGCCCCGGAAGAACAGCGAAGUCCAGCACGUGUUAUGCUGGGUAUCGACAAGGGGCUGAGGGCCCAAGAUGUCAGUCUUAAGCGCGCUGGUAGUGCCAUGUCGCAUAGGCGUGAUGGGGGUGCACGGCCUGCAGAAGUACCCAGGAUCAAGUCCUUCAGCGAGCGCAUGGCAGAUAGCAGAAACAGAGAAAAACAGCGCGAAGAGAACGAGACAAAGCUCGAGAAGAGGCGAUCCAGAGGGUUCGGUCUGCAGAACAUCGAGGGCUUGAGAGAUCGGCCAAUAUCUCGUUCGAACUCUUCAUUCAGCUCAGACACCAGAAGUUCGCAGGACAUGCCACCGCCAGCAUCGAGAGCCCCGGUCAGAGGACACACCCGAACGCGAAGCGAUAUACAGGAUCCACCCACACCACGACCGGGUACAUCUCUUUCCUUCAGGACGGAAAGCUCGCGUCCGCCACCCUCUCCCAUCCGACCGUACUCGCAAAGCUUUACUGCUACAUCGACAACGUCAAAGUAUGCCGAGGUCUCGCAACGCGACAACAGCACCGAAGCAUCCAGUUUUGAGUCUCUGUCCGGUCUGCACCUCAAGUCGCGCCAGAUGCAACACAAUGUCAUCACCCGCACACUGGAGGGCAAGACCGUACUCACGAUACCGCAGCUGCUGAAGACCGUCAAGGCACCCGACUACGAACCGCCUGAAUGGGAGAACGACUACGUUGUUCUGGGAGUUGUAUGUUCGAAAUCAUCCCCACUCAAUGCCAAGAACGCCGCUCGAGAUCAGUCAACCAGCAACCAGGAAAGAGGCACAGACCAGCAGGGCAAGUUCAUGGUUAUUCGGCUGACGGACUUGAAGUGGGAGCUCGAUCUGUAUCUGUUCGAUACUGGGUUCUCUCAAUUCUGGAAGCUGACCGAGGGCACAUUGAUCGCAAUUCUCAACCCAGAUAUCAUGCCCCCUCGCAAUCGGGACACGGGCAAGUUCUCGCUCAAACUCACCAGCUCGGAUGACACUGUGCUUGAAAUCGGCGCAGCGCGAGAUCUCGACUUCUGUCAUGCAAAACGGAAGGAUGGCAAGGACUGCGGGCAGUGGAUCGAUGGCCGCAAGACAGAGGUUUGUGAGUUCCACGUCCAGCUCCAAGUCGAAAAGAGCAAGCGAGGGCGCAUGGAAAUCAACACAAUGACUGGUAUGGGACGAGGUCCCGCCGGCGGAGGCAAGCAUGGCAUGUUCGGAGGCGGGAGAGGCGGCGGCUCAAAAGGCGACGAGCUGAGAAGAGAAGGGAAAUUCCACGACCGAGAAAUCCACGAAACCGUCUACAUCGCACCCCGACCUGGCGGCGCAGCAAGACUUCUAGACGGAGACAACCAAUCGUGGGAGCGCGGUGCGAGUCGAGAGGAAAAGUUCCGCAAACAACUUGCCGAGAAGGAAAAAGAGCGCGAACUCGCAAAAAGACUCGGCACCAUGGGUCAGGGCAGCACUGGAGGCGACUACAUGAAGUUGAAGGGCGCUGAUAUACAAAACCUCCCCGUGCGCGGAGUGGCCUCUUCUCGAGACGCGUCAGCAGCGAACCAGGACAAGCAGUCCAACACUGACUUCCUCGGCCUGCUGGGUCGGAAAGCAGACGACGUCUCUCUCGCUCCGGUUCACAAGAGGAAGAGGACCUUGUCCAGCAAAUCGACAGCUUCCAGUGCGCCGAUCGGCUGGAGCGGCGCCAGCAAACACAGCGUGCUGCUCUCGCCUAAGAAGAUGCCUCCACCACGACCAGCCCUAGUGCGUCAAGAAUCCACCCCGACCAAGAAACGAGCGCGUCUCCUGCUACCGGAGAAAGGCAUUCGUGAGCCGGGGAGAGACAGCCUAGGGGGUUUGGAUGUGGGGUUGAUAGCAGCCAUGGACGAGGACGACGAUGAUGAUUUGGAGGUUGUUUGA